AUGAACAUCGUUUCAGUUCCCAAACCUCUCCGCAGGGGCACCUCAGCCAUUCCAUGUGGUCAUUAAAUUUCACCACCAGAUCAAUUAAUUAAUUAACCUAAUUAGUUAACUAAUUCGAUGAUGCAUUGAUUACCCAAAGAAGGUGCGGUAGUGGCUGAUUCAAAGAAAUACACUGGUCUUUCGGAUGGCUGCUGCAAAUACUGGGGUGGUUUUAGAAAAGGUUUUGAAAUGACUAAGCUUGCACACUUUGGCAGACAUAGUUUUACACAACAUGAAGAUCAUUUAAACAUCAUUUUCUUUGACUGCUUAAGAAUUUUGCACAGUACUACGUCUUUAAAACUGGCUUCUUGGACAUCACCGAAGUCUGCACAUAGCGGUACACCGUUUAGGAUUGUCCAGAUGAACAGAAUUGUUUCACAGUGCGUUGCUACGAUACAGUUUCAUCUAAACAAAAUUAAUUUUAAUCAAGUACAAGACGGAUGCAGCGUGUUUGACAGCUUAAAUAGUGUUAAGGGGUUUUUUUUGGGGGUGGGUGGGAUAACACGUUUUAAAUAGCAAGACGGUGGGCAUCGCGUCACGUGACCUGAACAGUCAAACACGCUGAACUGAUGUUUCGGUGAAACCUAAUGAACAGAAAGCCUGGCUAGACCAUACCGACAUUCAGUCAGAACCGCUCUGGCACUCCGAACUCUCACGAUACUGCGGUCAUUCUUGCAGAACUAUGACACUAUGCGAGUAGCUUCUAUUCGUUAUGGAGAAGCUCCGGCUGCGUUUCAGUCGUUAAUAUGUUGCUUUGCAAAAUUACCAACCCGGGUCAGAAGAUGGAUGGGUUCAAUGAAGAAUAUUCAUUAAUUAUACAUUAUGACGUCUGAUCUGUUGCUGUAUUGAGGGGAUCAUUUCCAGCCUUUCCAUGUUUACCCGGUACUUGAAUACUGUGGGACUGAAUUUCACCCCCACGCCCGGCUUCCUUGGCCACUGGAGAACGCUGCGCUCCCCCACUCUUUCUGGCUGGAUGUGUCGAGCCCCCUGGCCUAACCCCAGAAACUACCUGUCUGUAAACAUUAGACCCCCGGACGUUUGCCUGCGUGUUGGCUGGAGGCAGACCCCUUUCAGCAGUUGUUCUCGCAAGUCUUUCCAGCUGUCCUGUGCGCACAUGGACCGGGCCGACAAAGAGCCUCCGCUGAAGCGGAUGAGGAGCGCAGAUGGACGGAGCGCCAGUCCGACGCGCCAGUCCAGAGCCUGCAGCUCGCCUCCUCCCCCGAUGCGUGGCGCUGUUGCCACCAGCCCAGACUGUGCGAAUCGACCUUCUCCGGAAUGUACCUGGACUAAAACUCGCAAGACAGAAGUGAUAAAGAGACAGUGGAAAGACUUUUCUUACCACUACAGGCACACAUCCUCUUCUCAAGCGGGUCAAGAUCCACCCUUUGACUUUUCCGUGAUGUCCUACAACAUCCUGUCUCAGGACCUCCUGCAGGACAACGCCUACCUGUACCGGCACUGCCAGCUGCCUGUGCUGGACUGGAGCCAUCGGCUGCCCAGUCUGCUGAGGGAGCUGCAGCAGCACAGUGCAGAUAUAUUGUGUCUCCAAGAAGUGCAAGAGGACCACUACCUAAAACAGAUCAAACCCAGUCUAGACUCUUUAGGUUACCACUCUGAAUACAAGCGACGCACAGGCCGCAAGCCCGACGGCUGCGCAGUCUGCUUCAAGCGGGACCGCUUCUCCCUGGUGUCCUGCCACCCCGUGGAGUUCUAUCGGCGCGGCGUCCCCCUGCUGGAUCGCGACAACGUGGGCCUGGUGCUGCUUCUGAGGCCGUCCGGUGUCGCUCCCUCCUCGGGGCGCGGGCUCUGCGUGGCCAACACCCACCUGCUGUACAACCCCCGACGCGGAGAUAUCAAGCUGGCCCAGCUGGCCCUGCUUCUGGCUGAGAUCAGCCGCGUGUCCCGGCCGCUGGGGGCCGCCGAUGACACACCGUGCCCCGUCAUCCUCUGCGGGGACUUCAACUCCGUGCCCUGGUCCCCCCUCUACACCUUCAUUCGGGACAGCAGGCUGGAGUACGAGGGCAUCCCCAUCGGCAAGGUGUCCGGUCAGGAACAGAGCCCAAGGGGACAGCGGAUACUGACCACCCCCAUCUGGCCCCCGAGUCUUGGAAUCAACCAGCGUUGCCAGUAUGAGACCGCGUCCUGCAGGACUGCAGGUGUUGGAGGUGACAUGUCCAGCCUGGACGUGAGGGACCACGAGGAAGAUGUCCCUGAGAUCUUGGAUCGGGGGCGCCUGCCCAGGAUAGAGCAUGGGUUGCAGCUCACCUCUGCCUACUCGCACUACCUGGAGGACGGCAGGCGGCCAGAGAUCACCACCUGCCACUCCAGGACUGCUAUCACCGUGGACUACAUCUUCUACUCUGCAGCUCAGGGAGACGUCUACACGCAACCAGAAUGCAGCAGGACCUCCAAACAUGGGCUGCACUUACUGGGCAGGUUGGCUCUCUUGGGGGAGACGGACCUGUGGAUGGCCAACGGACUCCCCAACGAGCAUAAUUCCUCGGACCAUCUGCCGCUGCUGGUGCGCUUCCGCCUGUGUUACUGAUAGAUGCCCAGCGCCCCCUGGAGGGCUGGCGUCAAAUUACCAGAGACUCACGCCCCAGAUUUUUUCUUUUAAACUGGAAUUCAGGUACGCUGAAGAAUUCACUUUGAAUGGACUUUCUUGAAGAAAUAUGCCUUUUUUUAAAAAUUACAUAGGAGUUACAAGAUUCAAACAUUGCAUAUAAAUCUGGAGGUUUGAAGUUGCACACCAAGUAAUUUGGACCAGGCAGUUGACAUUCUGAUCCCGUGGAGCUUUUGGACUUAAUGGGAACCUACCAUCUAGGUUUUUAGCAAUGUUCAUGUAAUCAGUUCUGCAUUGCAUUGAGUAUGUCCACGUUACCUGCGUGUAGAUUUUAAAGGAGUCUGUUCUUGGUGGAAUUAAAGUGUUUUAAAAACUACAUAAAAAUUUUUAAUUGUGAAAGUUUUGCAAAGUUGGGGACGAAAGUAGGAGCGUCAGUAGUUAAGAUCCAAGUGCUGGGCUGUUAUGGGCUUGAUCUUUGCUACUGGAGGUCACAUGACCCAUACAUGACAAAAACACUCCUUUUAUGGCAGCUGGAUCAGAACAUUUUUCCUGUUCUUUUUGGGAUCAUUCUCAUCAUCUGGGUCAUGGCUCUGGCUCUUAGUAUAUCCACAUCUGACCUAAAUUCUCCUCUUAGCCCAUCACUGCAUCAGCUUUGACCCCUUUUACUCUGCGUUCAUCUCACCCAUGCUGUCACUCGCUGUUAUGAACAUGUCACCUUACGCCAGUGCUGUUCUCCUUUUAAAGAACUCCUCAUCAGCAGCAGUUUCCCACAGCCUGGCCUUGGUGUUAAUUAUCUUCCUGGCUCUUGAGGGUCAGGCUACCAAACACUUCCUUCUUCCCAUUUCCAGAUUCAGUACUCAGAUUGCACACUUACGUUUUGUCAAUGUUUCAGCUGUUGUGUAAGGUAAUACUAUUGGAACAUGUACUGAUACUUACUGUACUGAUGCAGACAUUUAUGGAUCUUCUCUUAUUGCUAGACAAAGCCACCUUUUAAAGGUCCCCUCGUUCAUUUUACAUUGACGUGCCCAAGAUGACUAUUACCUGAUCCUUCUUAUCAGUGAUCUCAGAGUGACAUAAGCUCUCAGUAUAUCCACAUUCGACCUAAUUCUCCUCUUAGCCCUUCUUAGAGGUACACUGAGUAAUGUCUUAAAGGGCUUUCGUUUUAAAAAAAAAAAAAAAAAAAACGCACAAUCUCUGU